AAAACACCCCUUUACCGCCCUCGAGGCUAUACGGCCCUUCAAGAUUCUCUCCAUUAAUUUCCCUUCUCUCUCUCUCUCUCUCUCACAAGCUUGCAACAAAGAAAGAGAAGAAAUAAAAUUCCCACAAAGAAAAGAACCACUGAUGUGUAUGUAUUAUCCAUCAGUAGCUUAAAACUGAGGAGCAGUACUUCUUCCCAGUUCCCAGUACACAACCCCCCCUGUUGCUUCACUGUCCAUUUCCACUGUCACUAUUCAAACUCCAGUCUUGUUCCCACAAUACAUGGUCCAUUUCUCCCCCUACCUUCUCUCUCACCCUCUCACAUAUUUUAUUCACAUCCUAUACAUAUAGAGAGAGAAAGGGGUUGGUAUAAAGAGGAGGGUUUAUGCAGCAGCACCUGAUGCAGAUGCAGCCCAUGAUGGCAGCUUACUAUCCCACCACCGUCACCACUGACCAUAUUCAACAGUAUCUGGAUGAGAACAAAUCACUGAUUCUGAAGAUUGUUGAGAGCCAGAACUCUGGGAAACUGAACGAGUGUGCUGAGAACCAAGCCAGGCUUCAGCGUAACCUGAUGUAUCUGGCCGCCAUUGCUGAUUCGCAGCCACAACCUCCCAGCAUGCAUUCUCAGUUCACUUCAAGCGGAAUCAUGCAGACGGGAGCGCACUACCUGCCGCACCAACAGGCGGCGGCGCAGCAGAUCUCAACGCAGUCUCUCAUGGCCGCGCGCUCGCCUAUGCAGCUGUACGGACAACAGCAGCCGCUGUCUGCGUAUCAACAGCAGGCCGCCGCCCUGCACGGCCAGAUUGGGAUGAGCUCCGGCGGCGGCGGCGGCAGCGGCCUCCACAUACUACAGAGCGAGGCGCACAAUGCCGGGAGCUUUGCCGACUUCGGCCGCGGAUUGGGCGGCGGUGGGAGCAAGCAGGAACUGGGCGGGUCCCUGUCCAUGGAUGCCCGCACCGGCUCCGGCGCCGACGGCGGCGAGACGCUGUACUUAAAAGCGGCCGACGAUGGGAACUGAGGUAAUGAGAGAUAGGAAUGUUUUAGUUUGCAGAAAGUAGCUUAAGAGGGAUGAACAAAGUUACGUUGCAGGUUUAUGGACUGUCCUUGCUGGUACUAUGUAUCAAUGUAUGUGACUCAAUUUAGGUGCCCUUUACAAAAACUUGUUAUGUGUUUUGACCAAAUUAGGGUUUAUUUUUAUCUUCAAAUUAGUCUCUCAUCUUUAUGGCAAUGAUCAUCAUGUAAAUUUCAAGUCAUUUUGAUUUGCUCUUUCA